AUGGAUACAGGUUCAAACAAGCCUGUUCAGAAGGCUGAAGAUAUCCAGCAUGAUGAAGACCCUGUCUGCAAAGAUGAAAAAGCGUAUCGACAAGCUCAAAUUCGGGAAACCACUCGAUGCGAGCGCGAGAUGCCCAUCCCAACCGCUUUUCGACUAUAUUCAAAAGCAGUCGCUUGGUCCAUCCUGCUGUCAACAGCAGUGAUUAUGGAAGGCUAUGACCUGCUUCUUAUCACCUCGUUCUUUGCACUGGAUCCAUGGAAGAAAAAAUACGGAGUUCUCCUGCCUGAUGGCACAUACUCUGUAUCCGCAGCCUGGCAGUCAGGACUGUACAAUGGUGCUGCCGCGGGAGAAAUCAUAGGCCUCGUCCUCAAUGGGUUUGUCUCCGAGAAAUUUGGUUAUCGCAAAACGAUGCUAGGGGCACUGGCGUUGAUCACAGGCCUCAUUUUCAUUCAGUUCUUUGCGCCGACGGUGGAAGUCCUCCAGGCUGGCAGUGUUUUGAUGGGAAUCCCAUGGGGUAUCUUCCAAACACUACCGGUAUCAUAUGCCUCUGAGGUGUGCCCUGUCGCUCUCCGUGGCUUGCUUACGACCUACAUCAACAUAUGCUGGGUGAUGGGCCAGCUACUGGCCUCGGGCGUUCUGAGAGCCAUGCUGGGCAGAGAUGAUCAAUGGGCCUACCGUAUCCCAUACGCGUUGCAAUGGAUUUGGCCAGUUCCCCUGAUUGUUGGCAUUAUCUUUGCUCCCGAUUCACCUUGGUGGUAUGUCCGAAAGGGUGACAAAGAAGCGGCCAAAUCUGCCCUCCGAUCAUUGACGCGCAGAGAUGUGGACGACGCCGUCGACGUCGACGCUACUGUGGAAGUGAUGGCUUAUACAAAUGAGCUUGAGCGAGAGACAAGCCAGGGUGCGACAUAUACGGACUGCUUCAAGGGCUACAACCUACGCCGAACCGAGAUUGCCUGUCUUACCUGGGGCAUUCAAAAUAUUUGCGGCACAACUUUGAUGAACAAUUCUACAUACUUCUUCCAACAAGCUGGAAUGGAUACUGCCAAUGCGUUUGACCUGACUAUGGCACAAUACGCCAUUGGAUUCGUUGGGGUUUUCGUCGCCUGGGCACUCAUGGUUCGUGUCGGUCGUCGUCAAUUGUACCUUUGGGGAUUGUUUACUCUGUUGCUGCUGUUACUUGGCAUUGGAAUCUCAGGCGUUGGCGGUCCAGGGAAGAGUUCCGCUUAUUGGGCCUCGGGUGCACUACUCUUGGUAUUCUCCCUUUGCUACCAGAUCACUGUCGGAACUGUAUGUUACUCCAUCGUCUCAGAGGUUUCCUCUGUUCGACUUCGCGCCAAAACUAUAAGCUUGGCCCGGAACCUUUAUAACAUCUGUUCCAUUGUCAGCGGGAUUAUGACCCCGUAUAUGAUCAAUCCAACUGCCUGGAAUUGGAAAGCCAAGGCCGGUUUCUUUUGGGCCGGCUCUUGUCUUCUUUGUUUUUUUUGGACUUUCUUCCGUUUGCCUGAAACUAAAGGACGGACUUUUGCCGAGCUCGAUAUCCUUUUUGAACGAGGAUUGAACGCCAGGAAAUUUGCGGAUACCUCAGUUGAUCUUUUCUCUCACGCAGUUCAUGAGGGAGAGGAGGAGGUGGGGGACCAUAGGAGCUAA